AUGAACGUUUCUCGUAUAUUUAUUAGAAAAUACUCAUUACUUCCAAAUCUCAAACCAUUAAAUAUUUUAUUUUUUGGUAGUGACACAUUUAGUGUUCAGUCAUUUGAAGCUCUUCAGAAGUUAAGGACUACGGCUAUUCCUGGAACUAACUUACCGUAUGUAGAUAGAAUUCAAAUUGUCACUAAGCCAGGCAAAUGGUGUGGUAGGGAUAAAUCAACCUUUAAGGAAACUGCCAUUGCAAUUGCAUCGAAAAAAGUACCUAAUGUUCCUCUAAUUGAAUGUGAUAAUAUGAAAGAUCUUAUGGGAUUAACUGAUGUUGUUACCAAAAACAACAUUAAUACAUUAAUUGCUGUUUCAUAUGGUAAGUUAAUACCAGACCAGCUAAUCAAAACUGUCCCCUAUUGUAUGAAUGUUCAUCCGUCAUUAUUACCAAGAUAUAAGGGGGCUUCGCCAAUACAAUAUUCCUUAUUAAAUAAAGAUAAGUAUACAGGUGUUACAAUUCAAAGUUUACAUCCAACAAAAUUUGAUUGUGGAGAAGUUAUUUCACAAACCGAGCUAUUAUCAAUCGUACAACUAUUAGAGUUGCCAUCUUCAAAAAAUAGAAAUAUGGAACUUCCGCUCAAUACUUCUAAACUAACGGACCAAUUGGGGAUCAAAGGUGGUGAAAUGCUACAAAACGUUAUAACUAAUGGGCUGUAUUUAGCUGGUAUGCAUAAUAACCCCGUAAAGCCAGGUAUUAAACCGAGCUUUGCUCCAAGAAUAUCUAAUGAAAUGAAACGUAUAAUCUGGGCAACUGAAGACGCCAAAACUAUCCUAAAUAAAAAAGAUGUAUUAGGGCCAGUUUAUACCUAUAUAAACUGUCGACCUGUAACUAAAAAAAAACAAAGGGGAUCUGCAAAUUCAACCCAGGAGUUUACAAAGAGAAUAAUCAUCCAUGAUUUCUCUGUUAUAGACAAUACCAAUAAUACAAUAUCUGAUCAUUUGAAACCAGGCUCUUUCAAAUAUUCUACCGAAAUGGGCAAACUGCUUAUUAAAGCAUAUGGACCCACGCUUCUUGCAGUAGAUACCCUUCAAUUCGAAGGAUUUGCCAAGGAAACAGCAGAAAUGUUUAUCAACCGUUUACAUAAGCGUGGUGGAUCUACUGAUAUAGAAAAGGCUAAUUUUGUUUAG